AUGUUUGUGCAGAACAUUCUGGAGCGCCUGGAUGCAGGCGAGAUUGUCAUCGGGGAUGGAGGCUUCGUCUUCGCGCUGGAGAAGAGGGGAUACGUGAAGGCAGGUCCCUGGACUCCUGAGGCCGCCGCAGAGCAUCCUGAGGCUGGUAAAAUAAGCGCGUUUAUCUAAUUGCUCAUAUAUAGCAGUUCGCGCAGCCUCGCGCCUCCAACUAGUCCACCAGACCGACGCAUACUGUAAAACAACAUUUUUGUGGAAAUACGGUUAUAUUUUAAAGUUGUAAAUAGUUAACUGUUUUGUCUUAUGGACUUUAUGUAUUCUGAACUAUAACGAUUUAAGUUACUUGAACAUUUGUUGUAGUGAACAUGUAGUGUCACUUCUACUUAAGGUACUAACCUUUUUACUUCUGUUUUUCGUGUAAGUAGUUCUGAUUACUAAUUUUCAGUGGUGUGUCUUAAUGUUUAGACUAACAUUGAAGACUUGUCACUUUAACCCCCUUUGCCAGGCAUUCUUGAGCACCGUGCUCAUUUCUAGAACAGUAACUGGAGGUAGAGCUGUAAGCAUUACAAGAUGCUGCAUUAGCCUCUGUUAUGAAGAGUGGUGCACAUUACCUUGUUGAUGGUGGGAAUGGGUUGUCUCAUUGAAUAUACAUUUUCCCAACGGUUUUGAUAUCGUUCAUUAUCAUUGAAACUUCAUAGCACAACAAACUGCUUAAUACUAUUUUAGAAAUACAUUUCUUUAUUAACACUCUUAAAUAAUGUUGUAUGCAUAUUGUGAAGUUAAAAAAAAGUUUAAUUACCCCAAACCUCCAAAAAACAGAGCCAUGUGGCACUAUAUAUUAAUAACUUGCAGAAAAAUUAUAACUAUCAGCACAACACAGAAAUGUCAUUGUUUUACUCAAAUAUCAAUCUCUGACUACUUUAUUUUAAGUAAAGAUCAAAUUACUUAAUGUUGGACUGACUUUAAAAUAUUAAAUAAUCAUAACUUGUGAACUCUACUUUAGAUUAGCAGAACACAAGGAAAUAGUUAUAUUUGCUCUAACCUAAUAUUUGUUAACAGUACUCAAACAUUAAGUGAUACAUCUUAUUGACAUGAGUUGGUACCACUUUUAUGCUUGGAGUUCUACUGACCGUUGGAGAUGUUUGAGUAGCCACUACUCAAUUUCUUCAAUUAGUUACUUUUUACAGUGCAAGUUUUAACCAGACGAGGCUAAGGCAAUAAGUCGAAGUUGUAAAUACUUAGCCAAAAGCCGAUUGCUCUUCUCACUUCCAGUUCGACAGCUGCACCGUGAAUUCCUGCGGGCGGGAUCAAAUGUCAUGCAGACCUUCACCUUCUACGCCAGCGACGAUAAGCUGGAGAACAGGGGUAAUGCUCAGCGCUUCACAGUGAGUAUCUGUCUGCUCUGUUUUUAUUUAACCAGGUAAGCCAGUUGAGAACAAGUUCUCAUUUACAACUGCAACCUGGCCAAGAUCAAGCAAAGCAGUGCGGAAAAAACAACAACACAGAGUUACAUAUGGAAUAAACAAAAUGUACAGUCAAUAACACAACAGAAAAUAUCUAUAUACAGUGUGUGCAAAUGUAGUGAGUUAUGGAGGUAAGGCAAUAAAUAGGCCAUAGUGCAAAAGAAUUACAAUUAUAAUUUAUUAAUUUGUAUUAACACUGGAGUGAUAGAUGUGCAGAAGAUGAUGUGCAAAUAGAGAUACUGGGGUGCAAAUUAGCAAAAUAAAUUACAUGGGGAUGAGUUAGUUGGGUGGGCUAAUUACAGAAGGGCUGUGUACAGGUGCAGUGAUCGGUAAGCUGCUCUGACAACUGAUGCUUAAAGAUAGUGAGGGAGAUAAGUGUCUCCAGCUUCAGAGAUUUUUGCAGUUCGUUCCAGUCAUUUGCAGCAGAGAACUGGAAGGAAUGGCAACCAAAGGAGCUGUUGGCUUUGGGGAUGACCAGUGAGAUAUACCUGCUGGAACGCAUACUACGGGUGGGUGUUGCUAUGGUGACCAAUGAGCUAAUAUAAGGCGGGGAUUUGUCUAGAAGGGAUUUAUAGAUGACCUGGAGCCAGUGGGUUUGGCGACGAAUAUGUAGUGAGGUCCAGCCAACGAGCGCGUACAGGUCACAAUGGUGGGUAGUAUAUGGGGCUUUGGUGACAAAACGGGUGGCACUGUGAUCGACUACAUCCAAUUUGCUGAGUAGAGUGUUGGACGCUAGUUUGUAAAUGACAUCGCCGAAGUCAAGGAUCAGUAGUAUAGUCAGUUUUACGAGGGCAUGUUUAGCAGCAUGAGUGAAGGAGGCUUUGUUUGCGAAAUAGGAAGCCGAUUCUAGAUUUAACUUUGGAUUGGAGAUGCUUAAUGUGAGUCUGGAAGGAGAGUUUACAGUCUAACCAGACACCUAGGUAUUUGUAGUAUCCACAUAUUCUAAGUCAGAGCCGCCGGGAGUAGUGAUUCUAGUCAGGCAGGCGGGUGCAAGCAGCGUUCGCUUGAAGAGCAUGCGUUUAAGAGCAGUUGGAGGCCACGGAAGGAGUGUUGUAUGGCAUUGAAGCUCGUUUGGAGGUUUGUUAAGUGUCCAAUGAAGGGCCUGAUGUAUACAAAAUGGUGUCGUCUGCGUAGAGGUGGAUCUGAGGGUCACCAGCAGCAAGCGCAACAUCAUUGAUAUACACAGAGAGUAGAGUCGGCCCGAGGUCCAGAGAACAGGCCCUCCAAUUUGACACAUUGAACUCUAUCUGAGAAGUAGUUGGUGAGGCAUUUGAGAAACCAAGGCUAUUUAGUCUGCCAAUAAGAAUGCGGUGAUUGACAGAGUCAAAAGCCUUGGCCAGGUCAAUGAAGACGGCUGCACAGUACUGUCUUUUAUUGAUCGCGGUUAUUAUAUCGUUUAGGACCUUGAGCGUGGCUGAGGUACACCCAUGACCAGCUCGGAAACAAGAUUGCAUAGCGGAGAAGGUAUGGUGGGAUUCUAAAUGGUCGGUGAUCUGUUUGUUAACUUGGCUUUCAAAUAUUUUCGAAAGGCAGGACAGGAUGGAUAUAGGUCUGUAACAGUUUGGAUCUAGAGUGUCACCCCCUUUGAAGAGGGGGAUGACCGCGGCAGCUUUCCAAUCUCUGGGGAUCUCAGACGAUACGAAAGAGAGAUUGCGACAAUUUCGGCGGCUAAUUUUAGAAAGAAAGGGUCCAGACUGUCUAGCCCAGCUGGUUUGUAGGGGUCCAGAUUUUUCAGCUCUUUCAGAACAUCAGCUAUCUGAAUUUGGGUGAAGGAGAAGUGUGGGGGGGGGGGGGGGGGGGGGGGGGGGGGCAUGGGCAAGUUGCAGCGGAGGGUGCAGAGCUAGUGGCCGGGGUAGGGGUAGCCAGGUAGAAAGCAUGACCAGCCGUAGCAAAAUGCUUGUUUAAAUUUUCGAUUAUUGUAGAUGUAUCUGUGUUUCCUAGCCUGCUGGAAGGUGGUGCUCUUAUUUUCCAUGGACUUUACAGUGUCCCAAAACUUUUUGGAGUUAGUGCUACAGGAUGCACAUUUAUGUUUGAAAAAGUUAGCCUUUGCUUUCCUAACUGAUUGUGUAUAUUGGUUCCUGACUUCCCUGAAAAGUUGCAUAUCGCGGGGGCUGUUCGACGCUAAUGCCGUACGCCACAGGAUGUUUUUGUGCUGGUCAAGGGCAGUCAAGUCUGAGGAGAACCAGGGGCUAUAUCUGUUCUUAUUUCUGCAUGUUUUGAAUGGGGCAUGCUUAUUUAAGACGGAGAGGAAAGCACUUUUAAAGAACAACCAGGAAUGAGGUCAAUAUCCAUCCAGGAUACCCAGGCCAGGUCAAUUAGGAAGGCCUGCUUGCUGAAGUGUUUUAGGGAGCGUUUGACAGUGAUGAGGGGUGGUCGUUUGACCACGGACCCAUUACGGACGCAGGCAAUGAGGCAGUGAUCGCUGAGAUCCUGGUUGAAGACAGCGGAGGUGUAUUUAGAGGGUCAAUUAGUCAGGAUGAUAUAUAUGAGGGUGCCCAUGUUAACGGAUUUAGUGUUGUACCUGGUAGGUUCCUUGAUAAUUUGUGAGAUUGAGGGCAUCUAGUUUAGAUUGUAGGACGGCCGGGGUGUUAAGCAUAUCCCAGUUUAGGUCACCAAGCAAUACGAACUCUGAGGAUAAAUGGGGGGCAAUCAAUUCACAUAUGGUGUUCAGGGCACAGCUGGGGGCUGAGGGGGUUCUGUAGCAAGCGGCAACAGUGAGAGACUUAUUUCUGGGAAGGUGGAUUUUUAGAAGUAGAAGCUCAAAGUGUUUGGGCACAGACCUGGAUAGUAUGAUCGAGCUCUGCAGGCUAGCUCUACAGUAGAUUGCAACUCCGCCCCCUUUGACAGUUCUAUCUAGAUGGAAAAUGUUGUAGUUGGGAAUGGACAUUUCAGAAUCUUUGGUAGCCUUCCUAAGCCAGGAUUCAGACACUGCUCGAACAUCAGGGUUGGCUGAGUGUGCUAACGCAGUGAAUAACUCAAACUUAGGGAGGAGGCUUCUGAUGUUAACAUGCAAGAAACCAAGGCUUUUGCGGUUACAGAAGUCAACAAAUGAUAGCGCCUGGGGAGCAGGAGUGCUACUGGGGGCUACAGGUCCUGGGUUAACCUCUACAUCACCAGAGGAGGAGUAGAAUAAGGCUAAAGGCAUUAAGAACUGGUCUUCUAGUGCGUUGGGUACAGAGAAAACAAGGGGCCGAUUUCCGGGCGUUGUAGAAUAGAUUCAGGGCAUUAUGUACAGACAAGGAUAUGGAAGGAUAUGAGUACAGUGGAGGUAAACCUAAGCGUUGGGUAAAGAUGAAAUUAAUCUACCUGUAAAUCUGUUUACUAUACAUUUCUCAACGCCUGUUCAGCUCCACUUUAUUUCCCUACGUGGUGUUUAGCCUACUUGGCAUGUUUCACAAUGGUGAUAUACAAGCCAUUGUACUGUACCUCAAACUACAGCAAUAAGUUUGUACACUAAUCAAUGGCUGCUUUGACACCAGGGUGCGCAAAUCAACGAGGCUGCCUGUGACCUGGCCAGAGAGGUGGCCAAUGAGGGCGACGCGAUGGUGGCAGGCGGGGUCUCCCAGACCCCCUCUUACCUGAGCUGCAAGGGUGAGGCUGAGGUCAAGGGUAUCUUCAAGAGGCAGCUCAAUGUCUUCGUCAAGAAGAACGUGGAUUUCAUGAUUGCAGAGGUAGGAAUGUGAUGUUGUACACGCAUAUAGCACAUUUUCUUACACACAGAACAUACUGAUACUGUACGUCUCAUUUUGACCUGACCGUUUCUGUAUUCAAUGGAUCCUCACUUGGACAAUGCUGGUUUCUGUGUUUUGGGCCUUCACAUAUUUACCCCAUCUGUGUGUUUGUGCAGUACUUUGAGCAUGUGGAGGAGGCAGAGUGGGCCGUGCAGGUGCUGAAAACCUCAGGGAAGCCAGUAUGUGCCUCCCUGUGUAUCGGCCCUGAUGGAGACCUCAACGGCGUCAGCCCUGGGGAUUGUGCUGUCAGGCUGGUCAAAGCUGGUAUGGGACUUAAUUUAACCAUUUAGAUGUGCACAAAUGCAUGUUUGUUUUACUAUCCUUGUGGGGACCAAAUAAUUGGAUGUUCAAUUCCAUUUCCCCAACCCUAAUUGUAAGCCUAAAAUAGCCUUUUCCUUGUGGGGACCGGCGGCAUGUCCCUCCGUGUUUUACUAUCCUUGUGAGGACUUCUUGUCCCCCACAAGGAUAGUAAAACCAAAAAUGGUGUCAAUAGUGGUAUUAUUGUCAAACUUUCAACUGUCAUCUCACUCUCUGCUUAUAGGAGCCAAUAUUGUUGGCAUCAACUGCCACUUUGACCCCAUGACCUGUGUGAAGACUGUGAAGAUGAUGAAAGAGGGAGUGGAGAGGGCGGGGCUGAAGGCCCACUACAUGGUGCAGCCUCUGGCCUACCACACGCCUGACUGCAACUGCCAGGGAUUCAUCGACCUGCCAGAAUUCCCCUUCGGUACACACACACACACACACACACACACACGAUAACAUCUCCAUCGCGAUCUCUCUCCUGCCCUCUAGUUGUGUCCUGUUUCUCUUUUUCUUCCUUUCUCACCUCCCUCCUUUCUCCCCCUUCAACUCUGUCUUUCUGACUACAUUUCUCUCCCCCAGGUCUGGAGCCCAGGAUUCUGACCAGGUGGGACAUGCACAAGUACGCCAGAGAGGCCUUCAACGUUGGCAUCCGUUUCAUCGGGGGCUGCUGCGGCUUCGAGCCCUACCACAUCAGGGCUGUGGCUGAGGAGCUGGCCACAGAGAGAGGCUACCUGCCCACUGCCUCCGACAAGCACGGCAACUGGGGCGCUGGCUUGGAGAUGCACACCAAGCCCUGGGUUCGCGCCAGGUAAGGAGACCGUAUAUGCCACACGGGUACAAAUUAGAUACCAGGAACCACAAAGGAGUGCUAGUAUGACUCCAGUUCAAAAUCACAAGAGUACAAUUAUUUAAGUCUAAUUGGUACAAUAAAACACGAGGUUACGUAGUACUGUAACAUUUUAUUACCAGCUUAUAACUACGUUUGGCGUAUACAUAUGAACGUCCUUCUCUUCCCAUAGGGCCCGCCGUGACUACUGGGAGAAGCUGAAGCCAGCAUCCGGCCGUCCCAAGUGUCCCUCCAUGUCCACCCCUGACAGCUGGGGUGUCACCAAGGGCCAUGCCGACCUGAUGCAGCACAAGGAGGCCACCAGCCAGGAUGAGCUCAAGCCCCUGUUUGAGAAGGCAAAGGCCAGCCACUGA